CACACACUGCAACAGCUUUGUUGUCACACACUGCAACAGCUUUGUUGUUUGAUUGGUCCAAUCGAAGAGGGAGGAGGAGGAGGAGGCUGGAUUGAGUUGAAUUCGAUGAAGAGAUCGAAACGGAAAUUGUAAAUUCCAAUCCCAAGCUUUCUUCGUCCAGAGAGUUGUUCAGAUUCUAGAAAUGCAGUGUCUGUAGUCUCAGAUUCCAGAUUACUAGGAAAGGAAACAAAAACUCGACCUCUCGGGGAAUUCCUCUUUGCUUCUUCAUCCAAACAGAAAUUGGGCGCCGAGGCCUUGAAAUUAACGGGAGUUUGUUUGCAUUUGUAUAUGAUGGAUCUGACAUGGCUCAGUGCCCUUCUAGUAGGGGCAGGCUGUUUUGCUUUGGGAUACCUAUUCAGUUCAAAGCAUCCUGCUCGAAUAUUUCUUUCGACCCAAGCUGCUAAAGAGACUUUAGGUCCAGAUGGAAACAAGAAAAACAAGAAGAAUCAGCCCAAAGGACCCCUUGAGGUUGAAGGACUGGCUGACAUUCUUGAAGACUUCAAAAUGGUUUUGGUUGUGAGGAAUGAUUUAAAGAUGGGGAAAGGAAAGAUUGCUGCCCAAUGCAGUCAUGCAACUUUGGGUCUAUAUAAGAAGCUCCUUCAUCGGGCACCAAAAGCCUUGAACCGGUGGGAGAUGUGUGGACAGGUUAAAGUUGUUGUGAAAAUUGAAAGUGAGGAAGAUUUGCUUGUUCUACAAGAAAGAGCAAAAUCACUAAACCUGCCUACACACGUCACAAUUGAUGCAGGAAGGACGCAAAUUGCUCCAAAUUCGAGGACAGUAAUGGCCAUCCUUGGACCUGCUGACAUGGUUGACGAUGUCACAGGAGGGCUCAAGCUUUUAUAGCAACUCUGCACCAUUGAGGCUGACAGUUUAUCCUACUGUUGAGGGCAUUACAUGUAGAGGCUCAUAGGAUAAUUUAAGGCUGGAAGUGUUACAAAAAUAUACUCACUUGAUAGGCAAACUGCAUUUGGAUGAAUGUGAUUUUAUUUUGCUGCUU